CACUUGCUCGAGAGGAAGGGGAGAGCCAGUACGCCCGAUUACGCCAAAAGGUGCAAGACAAAAGUUUACAUACAAGACGCAGCCGCACACAUUUUAUGGGUUCAUUGGUGAGUCGUGGUGUUCCAGCAAACAUGAGCGGUCCAGUAGCGGAAUUUGUAAAAAGUGCUAUUGCAAAGGAUAAGGUGGUCAUCUUUUCGAAGACCUACUGUCCGUACUGUACCAUGGCUAAAGAGCCCUUCAAGAAGCUGAACCAGGAUUAUGCUUGCUACGAGCUUGACAAACGGAACGACGGUGACGAGAUACAGUCCGUGCUGGGAGAGCUGACCGGUGCAAGGACGGUUCCGCGAGUGUUCAUCGACGGCAACUUUGUCGGUGGUGGCACCGACAUCAAGAAGAUGUACGAUGAUGGCCGGUUACAGAAAAUGUUGGCCUAAACUUCGCGUCCCGGUUUGUCCCUCGCAAAACCCGUCUGUCCUCGAGCAAACUGUUAGGACCUUUUAUUUUGACUCUCUUUAGAAAAUUGUCCCCCAUCGUGCGUACAAUAAACACAUCUAUAAUUGUUCGAUAAGAAUCAUGAGCUAGGGCGGCAUGCUUCUCUCUCGUCGGUUGAAGAUUAGGGUGCGUUCAACAUUUGCUGCACCUUUCUAAUAGCUUGCCUCGAUAGGAAAUUGACCGAGUCAAACAGAGCGACCGCAUACUCAUGAUUGCUAUCGGGAAACUUUA